ACCUUCUUUCGCGUUUGCAACAACAUUGACGGUUUUUCUUCUUAAGUAACAACCAAACUGUAUCUCAACUUCGACAAUAAACGCGAGCGUUAGGGCCGGAACAGUCAUUCCGAUGGAUGACCGGAAAAUAAUUUAGCGUACAGAAGUGAAAAAACAUUUUUUUUUUUUUAGGUGAUAUUGUGUUUUAACACCAGGAUUUUCAUCAAUUGGAAUUUUACAGGAAAAAAUUAUUUUUAUUUCAAUUUUUUCAACAGGAGAUUUAAAUUGGCUCCAGCGGUUGACGAGGAUCGAAUUUCCAGAUAUAGACUCGAGGAAUUAGCAACAGAUUGCGCGAGCAUAUAGAAACAGGAGCUGAAAAUUCUCCAGCUGAUCUCACUGUAUUGACGACUGAGUUUACUGAUAUUAUAUACACCCGGUGUUGUACCGCCGGUUGGAUUCUCCGUUGAAUUUGAGCCAUCGAGCUAUCAAUCGUAAGAGGGGAUAUUUCACCCUCCCACUUUUUCCAGCGAUUCUUCCAAGCCUUCCGAUAAAAUGAAUGAAGAGGAGAAGUCAGUUUUGUGCGAUAACCACUCGAGUGAGGAGGAAGAUAUGGUCGAGCGGGAAUUGGCCGAAAAUGCGGAGUGGAAACGAAUACAGCAAAACACCUUCACCAGGUGGGCUAAUGAACACCUAAAAUGUGUCACUAAACAUAUUGGUGACCUGGAGUCAGAUCUUUCGGAUGGUCUUUGCCUCGUUAGUUUGAUUGAAGUUCUCUCACAAAAACACCUUCCAAAACACAACAAACGACCUACCUUUCGAUCUCAGAAACUGGAGAACGUUUCUGUUGCUCUCAAAUUUCUCGAGGAUGAGGGAAUACGCAUUGUAAACAUUGAUUCUUCUGACAUUGUAGACUGUAAAUUAAAAUUGAUUCUGGGCCUAAUAUGGACUCUCAUUCUACAUUAUUCGAUAUCGAUGCCAAUGUGGGAUGGAGAAGACAAGGAAAGUCCAGGCAAGGGAGCUACACCAAAACAAAGACUGUUGAACUGGAUCCAAUCGAAAAUUCCCGUUGAUAAUUUCACAUCAGAUUGGAUUGAUGGUCGUGCUGUCGGUGCCUUAGUUGAUGCUGUUGCACCGGGUUUGUGCCCAGAUUGGGAAGAUUGGAAUCCCGAAGAUGCGUUGCAGAAUGCAUCAGAAGCCAUGGGUCUUGCUGACGAUUGGCUUAAUAUCCCUCAGUUAAUAAAACCCGAGGAGAUGGUCAAUCCAAAAAUCGAUGAAAUGUCAAUGAUGACAUACCUCUCGCAGUAUCCAAAUGCAAAAUUGAAGCCCGGGGCGCCUCUAAGACCUCGCACAAAUCCAAACAGAGUCCGCGCUUAUGGACCAGGAAUUGAACCUACAGGUCCAAUUAUUGGAGCACCAGCUAAUUUCACCGUUGAAACUUUUUCUGCGGGCAAGGGAAAAGUCGACGUCUUUGUUGAAGAUCCAAAAGGCGAGAAGCUACCGGUGAACAUUAGAUUCAAUCAAGACAGAAAUCUUACAUAUUCGGUUUCUUAUACACCAAAAGUCGAAGGACCACACAAGGUAAAGGUUCUCUUUGCCGGAAGGGAGAUUCCAAAAAGUCCGUACACUGUUAUGGUCGAAGGACAUGCAGGAGAUCCCAGUAAAGUUACAGCUAGUGGUCCUGGCCUUCAACCAGUUGGAAACGUAAUAAACAGACCUACGUUCUUUGAUGUAUUCACUAAGGAUGCCGGUAGAGGUGUUCCAGAAGUCGUUGUUCUUGAUCCACUGAAAAAUAUGAUUCCAGUAAAAUUACGACAAACAUCUCCAGAUAUUUGGAGGUGUGAAUAUGUUUCACCUGUUCUUGGUCUUCAUUCUGUAAAUAUCUUCUUUGCCGGUAAACUUAUUCCCGACAGUCCAAUGGGAGUUAAUUUUUCACCAGUCUCCGAUGCAAAGAAAUGCAGAGCUUAUGGCCGAGGACUUUUGCCUAACGGAGUGCGAGUCAAAGAUGACGCAGAUUUCACUAUCACAACAAAGGACGCCGGAGAAGGAGUGCCGGAAGUACGAGUAAUAGGUCCCGGCGGUGUAAACCUACCUGCACAACUAACAAAAGUAGAUGCCACAACGUACAAAUGUGUCUAUAAUCCUGUGAAGGACGGACGACACGUGGUGAUGGUGACAUAUGGAGGAAAAGAAAUUCGAAAAUCUCCAUUUGAAGUUAAUGUCGGACCCUAUAAGCAAUCAAAUAUCAGAGUUUUUGGACCUGGUUUGUACGGAGGUGUAGUUGGACAUCCAGCGAAAUUUACAGUCGAUACAAAUGGAGAAACUGGAGCACUUGGAUUUUCUAUUGAGGGUCCCUCUAAGGCGAAAAUUGAUUGUUUCGAUAAUGGUGAUGGCACGGCAGACGUCACAUAUUAUCCAACGGCCGCAGGACCUUAUGCAGUACAUAUUCUUUGCGAUGGAGAAGAUAUUCCUAAAUCACCCUAUAUUGCCAACAUCAUUCCAAAAGCUGACUAUGAUCCUGAUAAGGUUGAAGUUCAUGGACCUGGAAUCCAACCGGAGGGAGUAUCAUCGAAUAAACCAACUAAUUUCACAAUUGAUACUAAAAAAGCUGGUAAAGCACCACUAGAAGUUAAAAUUCAAGAUGGUCUUGGACGCGAGGUUCCAUUAAAAAUUGAUGAUAAACGAGAUGGUACUUAUCAGUGUCAUUAUACGCCGACUUCCGGUUCACAGCAUGUUGUCAUGGUGAAUUAUGGAGGAGUUGCUGUUAAAAAAUCUCCAUACAGAGUGAAAGUAGCCGCUCCAUUAAAUCCUGCUCUGGUAGCAGCUUUUGGUCCAGGAUUGGAAAAGAAUGUAAAAUCCAACACACCAACACAUUUCAAUGUUAAUUGCCGUGAAGCAGGACCUGGAGCCUUAGAGGUUACUCUGAAAAAUCCAGAAGGACGAGAUCUUCCUAUCUCCUUAACUGAUAACGAGGAUGGAACUUAUGUCGUAGACUAUUGUCCACCAACACCUGGACCUUACACCGUGAAUUUAAAUUAUGGAGGACUUAAAGUACCAAAUACUCCAUUAAAAGUUGAUGUUCAGCCAGCAUUAGAUGUCUCGAAAGUUAAAGUAGAUGGCCUUUCUCCAACCGCACCGGUCAACAGCCUGCAGCAAUUCCGAGUGAUAACUCCACCGGAGGUGGCAAGGCUAGCGGACUUUCAAGUAGCAAUCACUUCGCCAUCGGGAUAUCAGGUGAAGGCUCAUGUGAUGCCGAGUCACGACGGUUAUCUCGUCAACUUCACACCAACUGAAUUAGGCGAAUAUCUUUUGGGUAUAAGUUUUGGAGGCGAACCAGUUUCCAGUUAUCCUCAUCGAAUGAUCUGUAUCCAUGGAAGUGAUCCCAGCAAGGUUCGAGCUUCUGGUCCUGGACUUUCGCAGGGAUUGGUGAAUCAACAUGCUCAAUUUAUGAUCGAUACACGAGGAUCAGGACAAGGUGGUCUUGGCGUGACGGUUGAGGGUCCUUGUGAAGCUGCGAUUAAUUGCAGAGAUAAUGGAGAUGGCACAUGUUCAGUCGCCUAUUUUCCCACUGAACCUGGAGAUUAUAGUAUCAAUAUUGUCUUCAAUGAACAACAUAUUCCUGGCUCACCGUUCCAGGCUAUCAUCUUUCCGGAUACGGAUCUCUCUAAGAUCAAGAUCUCCGGCAAUGGAAUACAGGCUCACGAUCUCAAUAUUAAUCAACCAACGGAAUUUACAAUUGACGCAAGAGCUGUUCCGAAAGUAAAGAAUGAUGAAGUGAAAAUUUCUUGUUCUAUCAACAAUCCAAGUGGUGGAAUAACAGAAAAGGUGAUUACACCCAAAGUUGAUGGAACAUAUAGAGUCGAAUACACUCCUUUUGAAGAAGGACCACACACGAUUGAUAUUCUUUAUAAUAAUAUUCCUGUUCCUGGAUCACCAUUUUCAGUGAACGUCAAAAAAACCACUGAUGCCGGACGGUGUCGUGCUUUCGGACCUGGACUCCAAAAAGGCGUCGUUAACAAACCAAAUCACUUUACUGUUGAAACAAAAGAGGCCGGUACAGGAGGUCUUGGACUUUUAAUAGAAGGUCCAAGUGAAGCGAUUGUGAAAUGUAAAGAUAACUAUGAUGGAUCUUGUAGCGUUGAAUACGAACCUAGUGAACCAGGAGAUUACGACGUUAGUAUUAAAUUUGCCGAUAAGCAUAUACCCGGAUCUCCAUUCAAAGUUCCAAUAGAAUCACAGUCAAUUGCAAAGGAUGUGACAGCUCAUGGACCUGGAAUUGAACCAAACAAAGUAAGAGAAGGAGUUCCAGCGAAAUUUAUUGUCGAUACUUCGAAAGCACCCCCUGCACAAUUGGACGUGAAAGUUAAAACUGAUAGAGGACAGAUUGGAAAACCAGAAAUCAAAAGUCGUGGAGGUGGAAUAUACGAGGUGACUUAUCAGCCAUCACAAGCUGGCAGUAAUGUACAAGUCGAUGUCAAUUAUGGAGGAGAAAGUAUUAAAGGAAGUCCUUACAAAGUCAAUGUUAAUACAUCUUGUGAGCCCAGCAAAGUUGUUCUCUCUGGACCAGGAGUGUCUCCAGUUUGCACUGCCUCCUUUCCUACUGAUUUUAUUGUUGAUACAUCCAACGCUGGAUAUGGAGAUCUAGAAGUUCAAGUUCUUGGACCCGAUCAAGUUCCUCGACGAGUUGGAAUUCAAGAACUUGACAAUGGAAAGUACAAGGCUACUUAUUUGCCUGAUGACUGUGGAAGGUACAAGAUCAACGUCAAGUACGGAGGACAGGAAGUUCCAGGAAGUCCAGUCAAUGUACAAAGUGUAUCAACUGGCAAAGCAGAUCAAUGUAAAAUUAAGGAGGGAGUUCAACAAAACUUGGCUCAAGGGGAGGAAUACUGUAUCACUGUUGACACUGAAAAUGCUGGACGUGGUGCUGUAACUUGUCGCAUACGUUCUACUUCCGGGAGUGAAGAUGUUGAUAUUGACAUUCAAGAUAAUGGAGAUGGAACAGUCGAUAUUUAUUAUACAGUAGCGGAUGCUGGUGAAUAUACUUUGAGUAUCAAAUUUGGUGGUCAACCAAUUCCAGAAGGAUUCUACACUUUUACGGCAUCAGAGGAAUACAGAGAGCAAAGCACCCACAAAACUCAUCGAGCGAAAAAAACUAAACAAAGUCAAGAACAACGCGUCGUCGAACAACACAGUUCAAGUGUCCAGGAGAGCGUUAGCGUCACAAAACGUAGUACUACAAAAGAUUCAUCUCAAAAAAAAUUCAACGUUGUUCGACUUAAUAACAUCCCUCUACCUUCCACUAGUGGCAAAGUGACAUCUGAAGUAAAAAUGCCAAGUGGAAAUAUUGAUAAACCUGUUAUUGAAGACAAUCACGAUGGUACUGUUUCUCUCAAAUAUGAUCCAAGAGAAGAAGGUCUUCAUGAAAUUUCCGUGAGAUUCAAUGGCGAACAUAUUCCAGGUUCUCCUUAUAAAUUCCACGUGGAUUCUUUAGCAAGUGGUUAUGUGACUGCCUAUGGUCCUGGUUUAAUUUAUGGCGUUUGCGGUGAACCAGGAAAUUUCACAAUCUCCACCAAAGGAGCAGGAGCAGGUGGUUUAUCCAUGGCAGUUGAAGGCCCAAGUAAAGCUGAAAUUUCAUGCCACGAUAACAAAGAUGGAACAGUUUCUGUAUCUUAUCUACCAACAGCACCCGGAGAAUACAAAAUCACCGUCAAAUUCGGAGAUAAACACAUCAGAGGCAGUCCUUACAAUGCCAAAAUUACUGGCGAGGGUCGCAAGAGAAAUCAAAUAUCAGUAGGAUCAUCGAGUGAAGUUCAACUUCCAGGCAAAGUGUCCGACGAAGAUAUUCGAUCAUUAAAUGCCUCAAUUACAGCGCCAAGUGGUUUGGAGGAGCCAUGUUUCUUGAAAAAAAUGCCCAGUGGAAAUAUGUGUGUUUCAUUUACUCCUCGCGAAUCUGGAGAGCAUACAGUUGCAGUGAAACGAAUGGGCAAGCACAUUCCCAAUUCUCCAUUUAAAAUCGACGUCAAGGAUCGUGAAGUUGGUGACGCCAAGAAAGUCAAGGUGAAGGGCAAUGCCCUCAAGGAGGGGAAAACUCAUGUGGAAAAUACUUUUUCAAUUGAUACAAGAAACGCUGGAUACGGUGGCUUAUCCCUCUCAAUGGAAGGACCAAGUAAAGCCGAAAUUCAGUGCAAAGAUAAUGAGGAUGGCACAUUAAAUAUUUCAUACAAACCAACAGAGCCAGGAUAUUAUAUUAUGAAUUUGAAAUUUGCCGAUCAUCAUGUAGAGGGUUCUCCAUUUACAGUUAAAGUUGCAGGAGAAGGAAGCAAUCGUCAACGUGAAAAAAUUCAACGACAAAGGGAAGCUGUUCCCAUUACGGAAGUUGGCAGUCAAUGUAAACUUACAUUUAAAAUGCCUGGUAUCACGUCAUUUGAUUUGACGGCAACUGUCACAUCACCGGGUGGUGUCACUGAAGACGCCGAAGUUAAGGAGAUUGAGGAUGGCCUUUAUGCUGUUGCUUUUGUGCCAAAGGAACUCGGUGUGCAUACUGUUUCUGUCAAGUACAAGGAAUUGCACAUUCCAGGAUCACCUUUCCAAUUCACUGUUGGUCCAUUGAGAGAUGGUGGAGCUCAUAGAGUUCACGCUGGAGGUCCCGGACUCGAGAGAGGAGAACAGGGCGAACCAUGUGAAUUCAAUAUUUGGACAAGGGAAGCUGGUGCUGGAACACUUGCAGUUUCUGUUGAGGGACCGAGCAAAGCUCAAAUUGACUUUAAGGAUCGCAAAGACGGCAGCUGUUAUGUCAGUUACGUUGUUUCUGAACCAGGUGAAUACAGGGUAGGAAUAAAAUUCAAUGAUCAACACAUCCCGGAUUCUCCACACAAGGUUUACAUUUCUCCAGCAAUGGGUGAUGCUCAUAAGGUGGAAAUAGCUCAAUUUCCUGAUGCCGGAGUACAAAUUGACAAGCCAGCAACUUUCCUUGUUCGUAACAAUGGCGCCAAAGGUCAACUCGAUGGAAAGAUUGUUUCGCCCAGUGGAGUUGAGGAUGAUUGUUUCAUCCAGGCAAUCGACUCUGAGGAAUACUCGGUGAGGUUUAUGCCUCAUGAAAAUGGAGUACACAACAUUCAUCUGAAAUUCAAUGGAGUUCACAUUAACGGAAGUCCUUAUAGAGUGAAAGUCGGAAAAGUUGAUGCCGAUCCGGCUGCUAUUCACGUUCAUGGAAAUGGAUUGGGUGAAGUUAAGACAGGACAGAAAACUGACUUUAUUAUUGACACAUGUAACGCGGGUUCCGGUGCUCUUGGAGUCACUGUUGAUGGUCCCAGUAAAGUUGCAAUGGAUUGUACAGAAGUUGAAGAAGGCUAUAAAGUCAGGUACACCCCAUUGGUACCAGGCGAUUACUACAUCAGCAUCAAAUAUAAUGGAUAUCAUACUGUCGGAUCGCCUUAUAAAGUUACAGCGACAGGAAAAGACUUGGCUGAAAGGGGAGCUCAAGAAACAAGCACAAUUGUUGUUGAAACUGUGCAAAAAAUAUCCAAAGCAAAAAAUACCGGUCCUGUUCUCCCUCGUUUCAAAUCGGAUGCCAGUAAAGUAUCAAGUAAAGGAAUGGGACUAAAGAAAGCUUAUCUAGGAAAACAAAAUCAAUUCUCUGUCAAUGCUACAGAUGCAGGAAACAACAUUUUAUACUGCGGUGUAUACGGACCCAAAGGCCCUUGCGAGGAAGUUUACGUGAAGCACGCAGGACGAAAUAACUAUAAUGUAAGUUACUUAGUUCGUGAACGAGGGGAAUAUAUAGUUAUUGUUAAAUGGGGUGAAGAUCAUAUUCCCGGAUCACCUUAUAAAGUUGAAGUUUAGAUCAAAAAAUUGAAAUCUUUAUGGAAAAAAAAAAAACGAAUUGAUGUAUUUUUUUGCGUGAGCAAAUUAUAAUGCGCGAACAAAAGUCUCGAAUGUCAAAUGAUCAUUUUUUAGAUGCUAACUAGUUAUCAUUUUUUUGUCAUUGUGAGUGCAGCAUCUAGAUUUUUUUUUUUUAACACAACUCGCCUAUACUCAGUGUCCCCCCCCCCAAUCGACCAAUUUACUUUUUAUAGUUAAGUAGAAACGCUACUUGGUAUUUAGAAUGUAUGAUGUUACCGCUCUCGACAUUUUUAUCAUACAAGUUACGACAGUGUUUUUUCGCAAAUGUAUUUUUAUUUAUCAAAUUAAAUUAUAAAACUUGAUGAUAUACCCAUAUGUGAGUAGACGACGUGUUCAAUUAAAAUUCUACUUGUGGGACAUUUUAUUUUUUAAGUCAUAAUUGUGUCAAAAUUGAUUAAAAAACAGCCAGAUGUGCCUUAUAUUAUUUACAUACACUUAUAUAUAAUAUUUAAAUCAAAAAUCAAAAUAUCAUAAAGGCAUUAAGUCUCCGUUGCGUUACAGUGAGUCAUUAUUAUAUAAUAUCGAUAAAAUCGUAUUUUAGAAUAAAUAUAUAUUAUCAUAUUGUCUAUUAUAUUAUUAUAGAAAUAAAACUAAUAUAUAUUUAUUAA